AUGCCUCCGCCGAAUUUACAAAAGGUCGUGUUUCUAAUGGUCGGAGAGUUGAUUAUACUAGUUCUUUUGAACAGUAAAGUAAUGUUAGAUAGAAGUGAUGAAAAUUUUGUCUUUACUUCUUUUGUCGAGCCAAUUGAAAUUAAGCUGUCAUCAUUAAAGAAUACUCAACUAACAAGUUCCUCAAUUUUAUCGACGAAACCAUCAAACACAAUUAUCCCGAGAAAAAACACAUAUGGCGGCAACCUAACGCAUUCCGUAGAAUCAAAAGGAUCGGAAGCAACUGCAAUAACAAACCAAAUAAUCCGGAAACAUCUACAGCCGGCGAACCAAAUACCAGAAAGAUUUGUAACUCUAAAAUUAAAAGAAUUGGAAGUACCAAAACCAAAUAAUCCGGAAGUAUCUACAACUCUGAAACCAACGCGAGAAGUAUCUGCAAUUUCAUUCUCUGUCGCGCUAAAUAGCCAGUGA